UGGGACGACCAGCCAGUAACGGCCAACACUGUGAACACGUUUGGGAGCUUUCUUGCGUUGCUCCAUUGUCAAGUGACAGUGUGGUGUGUAUGAAACCAGGCAAUGUCCACCAUGGUGUAUCCGCGUGAAGAAGCCCUGGAGCGACUGAGUCAGGAUGAGAUCGUCCUCAACACCAAGGCCGUCAUGCAGGGCCUGGAGACUCUGCGUGGCGAACACGCCCAGCUCCUCAACUCGCUGCUGGACUGCACCCAACCACCCGUCGCCCAGGAGAAAUCUGGGCUGCUCCGCAAGAGUCUGGAGGCCAUCGAGCUGGGCCUGGGAGAAGCACAGGUGAUCAUCGCCCUGUCGAGCCACCUGAGCGCCGUUGAGUCGGAGAAGCAGAAGCUGCGCGCUCAGGUGCGCCGGCUCUGCCAGGAGAACCAGUGGCUGCGCGACGAGCUGGCGGGGACGCAGCACAAGCUGCAGCGCAGCGAGCAGAGCGUCGCCCAGCUGGAGGAGGAGAAGAAGCACCUGGAGUUCAUGAACCAGAUCAAGAAGUUUGACGAUGACGUGUCGCCCUCGGAGGAGAAGAGCCAGAGCUCUGGUGGCGGCGGCGGCAGCGGGGGAGACACUUCAAAGGACAGUCUGGAUGAUCUGUUCCCCAACGAUGAUGACCAGGGACCAGCCCAGCCCAGCGGGGAGGUGGCAGCCCAGCAGGGAUGCUACGAGAUCCCGGCCCGCCUCCGGACUCUCCACAACCUGGUGAUCCAGUACGCCUCGCAGGGCAGGUACGAGGUGGCCGUGCCGCUGUGCAAACAAGCCCUGGAGGACCUGGAGAAGACGUCCGGACACGACCACCCUGACGUCGCUACCAUGCUCAACAUCCUGGCCUUGGUGUACAGGGAUCAGAACAAGUACAAAGAAGCAGCUCACCUCCUGAAUGACGCCCUGGCCAUCAGAGAGAAGACACUGGGGAAGGAUCAUCCAGCUGUGGCCGCAACCCUCAACAACCUGGCCGUUCUUUAUGGCAAGAGGGGCAAAUACAAGGACGCUGAACCCCUCUGCAAGAGAGCGCUCGAGAUCAGAGAGAAGGUGUUGGGGAAGUACCACCCAGAUGUGGCCAAGCAGCUGAACAACUUGGCCCUGCUGUGCCAGAACCAGGGCAAGUACGACGAGGUGGAGUACUACUACAGACGAGCCCUGGAGAUCUACGAGUCCAAACUGGGAGCCGAUGACCCCAAUGUGGCCAAGACCAAAAAUAACCUGGCUACGUGCUACCUGAAGCAGGGGAAGUUCAAAGACGCUGAAGCCCUGUACAAAGAGAUCCUGACCAGGGCGCACGAGAAGGAGUUUGGAUCUGUCAACAAUGACAACAAGCCAAUCUGGAUGCAUGCAGAGGAGAGAGAGGAGAGCAAGGGUAAACGCAAGGACUCUGGCCCAUAUGUAGAGUAUGGAAGCUGGUAUAAGGCCUGCAAGGUGGACAGCCCCACUGUGAACACAACCCUCAAAAGCUUGGGAGCUUUGUACCGUCGCCAGGGCAAACUGGAGGCAGCAGAGACACUGGAGGAGUGCGCCAGCAAGUCACGUAAACAGGGUAUUGAUGCCAUUAACCAGAGUAAGGUGGUGGAACUGCUGAAGGACGGGGGAGCUGGAGGGGGCGACAGGCGACACAGCAGGGAAGGAGUCAACGGGCCGGGGGGACAGCGGGGGGAGAGCGAGGGCGACGACUCCGCCGAGUGGAACGGGGAUGGCAACGGGUCUCUGCGUCGCAGCGGCUCCUUCGGGAAGAUUCGUGAAGCCCUGAGAAGGAGCAGCGAGAUGCUGGUGAAGAAGCUGCAGGGGAGCGGACCACAAGAACCCCGCAACCCAGGAAUGAAGAGAGCGAGCUCCCUCAACUUCCUCAACAAGAGCACCGAGGAGACCACACAGGACACCAACUCCGGGUUCUCGGACUGCAGGGGACUUAGCGCCAGCAACGUGGACCUAUCCAGACGCAGCUCCCUGAUUGGCUAGACAGAGACAGGUGGCGGGACACGGGAGAACCAGAGCGACCCGACGAGGAGAGGCUGUUUGCAGCUUGGUUUGAUCAAACAAACACACCUAAAGCUCAAAGCGAGAUCAAACACUUGCACCUGCAGCAUAUUUUUUAAAGAACACUGGGAAAAAAAAACAUUAAACGUCACUAAACGUCAUCCUGUAAGACACAGUCGCUGCUGCUGCUGCUGCUUCGCUGUACAAACCGCUGUCCUCGAUCAGAAAGAGAAUAUUUAGAUACACAUUAAUCAGCAUGCUGCUUACUAGGAAGUGGAAUGUCUGCACCUGAACGCCUCGUGUUUUUGACUCAUAGCACCGUAGCAAAGCAUCGUAUCCACAUCGUGGUGAGUCCGUCUCUUCGAUCUCCACUCUCACGUGCAGACACUCAACCGUAGGUAGGCUAAAUGUACUCCGGUUUCAGUUCAAAGAGAAGCCUUGCACUCUAUAUUUCACCAGUAGCAUGUUUGCUGAUGCUAACCACACCUCGAAUGCGUAUCACAGACGGUAAAAAUGGUACGGUCCGCUUUGAUUUUAUCCGAGAAAGCAAAGUAAUACAAGCAAUCUUUGGGGAUUUUCGAAAAACCAUGAGCACUAACCAUUUCAACCUCACUUUUUGCCUUCUUGUUUUUAUGUAUAUACAGUUUUAAAUUAUUUGAUAUUUCAUUCUUUGUAUAUAGUGCACAUUAAUUUUCUUUUUGUUUACACUUUAUUGGGUUAAAGAGGGUCUCAGUUGCAGAAAAUGCUACUUAUGUGAGGGGGUAAAGACUGGAAACAAAGGAAAGAUGAGAGGAAAUGAAGAAAUGGGCGCUUAGUUUAAAUGCUGAUAAAUGCAGUACCUCAAUCACUGGAAUCUGCUGACAUUCGCGAUGAGCCAUGAGGUUUCAGUCUAAACUGUAGUAAUGCACUUUGAGCGUGACAGUACUGUAUACAGCAGUCAACGCUGCAUCCUCUACUGGUCAGACCUACAGCAAAAAUGUCUUUUUCAAAUGAGUUUUCUUGGCGCCACUUGGGUUUCUCUUGCAAGAAAUGAAAAAGAGCGAGAAAGUUCAUUUGAAAGUAAAUUCACAAAUAGACCUCAAUAAUUGCUCUUAAACCCUCCUAAACACCACCUGAAGUUAGGUGGUGCAACAGGAAGUUUAGCUGAACUCUAAUCACUACUUUCAGGUAACUUUUCCCAGACUGCGACCACGAAAAACUUUGGAUUUCCAGGCUUUUACCAAACAGCCACAAGUCAGAGUGCUACUGAAGGAAAGCGCUGUGAAAGAGAUAUUUAAACAUCAUUUGUUUACAAUCAUUAAACCAGGAUGUUCAAGGCGUAAUCAACCCUCAUUUAAAAAUAUGGGUAUCUACCUUUAAUUAUUGGUUAAAGGCUGAUGCGGUGCAUCAGCCUCAGUAUGUUUACUUUUAUGAAUUCCUCUUGUGAGUUGUUUUUCCCUGAUUUUACUGUUGCUGAAUAUUAUCAUUUUGUACAAAACAAUCCUCAGUGAGAACGUCUUCGAUGCUGACCCGGACGGACUUCUUCAGUCGGAAAUCAAACACUCGCUGACUGUCGAUCGUCCGUCCUCGUUGAGUUUCGUUGUGCUGAUUGCGUUUUUUUUUCCUGUUUUCGGCUCCGAGCUUUUAUGUUGAAGGCACCGAAACACUGAUUAUUUGAAUGUUACACUUCACGUCGAUUGUGCGGUCUGGUGGCAUUUACACUGGAUUUUUGUGCUGUGCUGUUUGCAAGCUGGAAGCUUAAAAACUCCACCAAAACAAGACCAAUACCAAGAGAGCUGUCCACAGAAUGUACACGUGUGUUAUUAUGUGAAGUGGAAAUCAGCUGGCUGUGACAUCACUUCCUCAACUGUGAUCAGACUGUCAAAGAAUUGUUUUUUUGGCCUUCUUUUGAAAGUUUUCCUCCACCUUUUACUCUUGUUUUUCUGAUAUGAGAAAGCUAAAAAGAUUCAUUCUUGACAGCCUGAGUUCGAUUUCAAAACGGCGACGGCGCAGGUCUGUCACAAAGGCAUUUUGUCAACGAUGGUGCGUGCACACCAUCGCCAUGUGCCGUUAAUAACCCGAAGCCUGCCUUCUUGAAAUCACCUUUUGAUGGAGUCACAUCGCUGAGCCUAGAAGAAGUGCUAAAUUUUCUAACAGCUUCUGAUUGUGCUGAAUGUGCGAGGUGGCGCAGGUUUGGGUGGUGACGAAGAAACACGUGCACGAUGGAAAGAAUGAGUAAAGCAAGUGUGUGAAAGCGGGAAGGAGUCGAUGUUGAAAUGUCAAAGUGCUUCAGAGAGACGUUAAAGUGCUUUAAGUGUCGUUCGCAGCAAAUAAUGUACAGAAUUAUCCGUAUAUGACCUUUAUAUGUAUGUUUACUGUAUGUCACUUGUUUGCUAAUAACAGUGAUGGGAACUUCCUGUAAUCACAAACACAAUCUCAACACCAUGUAGCUGUGUACAAAAGUUAGAAAAACACUAAUUUGUAGUUGAGGGUCUCCAAAAAAAAAAAAAAAAAAAAAAAGGUUCUAGAGACUCCUUCUCCUGACUGUGGGUUCCUCUACACACCGUACUGUAACACCAAUACUAAUCAAUCAUUUACUGUAUCGAUCAGGCACUUCUGCACCCCGGGGUUGGCUUUUCUGGACGCUCAAGCAUCUCAGACUCGCUAUGAAUCACAAACUCCACAGAUGUAUGAGCGUUGAGGCACCGUGUUGCUCAAUAAAUCAGCUGGGAGAAAAUAAACUGCUCUGGUUGUAAAUGUUUAUCCUGAAUCUGAAGAUUUUUGAUCCAAAGCUCGAAAGAUAAAUCAGAACUUUGUUUCUCUGACGUCCAAAUAUGUAGAAAGCUCAACGCAUUUACUCAGAGCCACGGGUGGUACAUGUUGUGGGUACGAGGGUCUUGUGUACGUAUAAUUUCAGCUCCUAUAUUGCUGAUGAUUUGAUGGAUCUUAUUGUGAAGGGGCCAACCUAAUGUGUAUUUUAUCAAAGGUUCAAUAAAUGAAA